GCCAGAGGCCAAAUUGCACCAGGGAGUCCCAGCAGACAGCAGCGUGGUGGUCUCUGGGCAAAUUUCCACAGUGGGCAUUUGAGACAAGGGGGCCAGGUGAACUAUAAAGGUGGGCCAGUCUCCCCUUCAAGCAGGUGUAAAUGUGGAGUCUGUGCUGCAGCUUCAGCCAGUCUGGGAAACGGUCUGGAAAGUUUGGGUCCUGCUGCCUUGAGAGGAGUUGGCAUUAGGACCCAGGAGGGAGGCUGCAGCGGUGGAGGCCCGGCUCCUUCUGCCUGCUUGGAACGCAGACGGAGGAGACCCAGGCUGGGCGAGGAGAGCGAAGUUGGCUGGGGAGGGAGACGGACCUCCAAGCGGCUCACUCUGACUCAGCUGCCUCCAGAGGCCCCAACAAGCAUGAGGACUCUGGGCCUCCUCCUCCUCUGCAUGCCAGCACUUCUGGCUCAGGGACAGUAUGACCUCGACGACUCUGCCUACCCUGACCCCCCAUAUGCCCCUUAUGAAAUUGAAAGCCAAGAUUACUACGAUUACGCCGGGAACGAUCUCUCCCCCCAAACCCCAGAGGAGCAGUUCCAGUCCCAGCAGCAGAAUCCGCAGGAGGUCAUCCCCGCCCCAACCCCGGACGCUUCCGAGACAGAACCCACCGAACCAGGGCCCCUUGAUUGCCAGGAGGAGCAGUACCCCUGCACCAGGCUGUACUCCAUCUACAAGCCUUGCAAGCAGUGUUUGAACGAGAUCUGCUUCUACAGUCUCCGUAGGGUUUACGUGAUCAAUAAGGAAAUCUGCGUUCGCACCAUCUGUGCUCAUGAAGAACUCCUAAGAGCUGACCUGUGUCGCGACAGAUUCUCCAAGUGCGGUGUCAUGGCGACCAGCGGCCUUUGCCAGACCAUGGCCGCCUCUUGUGCCAGGAGUUGUGGCGGCUGCUGAGCAGAGAGGGGGUCACGGCAGUGAGGGAGGUGCUUCAGUCCACGGACGCCCCCUGUUCGUGCCCAGAGGAGCAGCACCGGCGCCCUGGCAGCAGCCCUUCUCUGCCCCGCCCACAGCCGUGCUGCACAGCAGGGUGCUUGUUCUAUGCAUGACCGACCUUCUUACAGGCAGCCCAGCCCAGCGGUCUCCAGACCUGUCCCUCCAGGACGCAGCUGCCGGGCGCGUUCACUCUCUUGCAAUUACAACCUGGUUCUUGUAGGAACCAUUCUCUUUCCCGACUUUUCUACAAAAUGGUUUAAAAAUAAAUAGACCAAACACGUUACAA